GACCACUUAUCACCAUAUGUUCCAAACUUUCAACCAAUAUACACACAAUGGAUUUUUAUCCAGAGACUCUUGCACACAUUAACAAUGACUUUGAGCUACACGAUUUCAUCCAAGAUCCCAACUUUGAUCAAUUCAUAAGUUUGAUUCGUGGAGAGAAUGAAGAUACUACUAUCUUUAACAUAAAUUCCGACCUUAUCAAUGGAAAUUUUAUUGAUAACUCAUUCCUUUCAUACCCUGCAAUUCCAUUUGAUCAAUGCAACAACAAUAAUAAUAAUAAUAAUUUUGUCACCCCUUUUGAUCCAACUUCUUCACUUAGUUCUUUCUCUUGUUUUGAUGGAGAAGCCAAAAGGGAAAUAGGAGAAGAAAACGAUGAUGGUGAUAAUUCUCCAACAACAACUACAAGUGUUGAUACUAAGCCAAGGUCAAAAACUGAUAGAUCCAAGACUUUGAUUUCCGAGCGGAGGCGAAGAGUACGAAUGAAAGAGAAGCUUUACGCAUUGCGUUCUUUGGUUCCCAAUAUAACUAAGAUGGAUAAGGCUUCUAUCAUUGGAGAUGCAGUUACAUAUAUGUAUGAACUUAAAUCACAAUCCAAGAAGCUUAAAUCUGAGGUUGCAGGACUUGAAGCAUCCUUAGCAGUGUCCAAAUCUCAUCAAGGGUCAAUUGAAAGCUCCAAAAAAAUUCAAUUCAGUAACAAUAAUGGUUCAAUUUGCAAGAAGAUUGUCCAGAUGGAUAUGUUUCAAGUGGAUGAAAGAGGGUUUUAUGUUAAAAUAGUGUGCAAUAAGGGAGAAAGGGUGGCUGCUUCAUUAUACAAAUCUCUUGAAUCUUUGAGAGGCUUCAAUAUUCAGAAUUCAAACUUGGCCACUGUUUCUGCCAAUUUUCUACUUACAUUUUCAUUGAAUAUGAAAGAGUCUGAACCAGAGAUGGAUCUGUCCAAUUUAAAGCUAUGGGUGAUUGACGCUUUUCUAAACCAAGGCUUUGAAUUCACACCUUCUUUUCGAGUUUGACUAAAUUUUGGAUCAAAUACUUUAAAUUUCUUUGAUAAUUUUUCACUUAUAUUUUAUUACGAGUGAAUAGCACAACGUUGUAAUCAAAUUAAGAUUAUAAUAGAUAGAUUAUGAUGAGUAAUAUUCAUAAAUGUUAUCUUAUUACGAACGAGUGAAUAGUGUAGCAUUGUAAUUUAAUUAAGGUUGUAUUAGAUGGAUUAUGAUGAGUAAUAUUCAUAAAUAUAAAUGUGGAUGGUAGUUAACUAUGAGCAUGAUUGACACAUAAAUCUCUGAGCCAUUAUUAUCGGAACUAAAGAGGAAUCAAACUCUACCAAGACUUUACUUAUGCCUCUGUUCUUCUAGUAAUUGUUUGGCUUGUCUUCAAAGAGGAGAGUAGAUGCAUCUUGUCAUGCUCAACCUAUAUGCCCCUUGAAUCCUCUUACUAGCUUAUUUCAUCUUGGUUGGUUGGUCUACCCAUGAAACAAUUUUAUUGAUUUAUCUCA